AUGAGUCCAACCAAAUCUCGUUUUUUCAAGCAAAAUAGGAUACUUGAGCCGCAUGUGAAGAGGAGACUUGAAUUAAAUGAUAGAGUGGGGAUUAGGAUGAACAAAAAUUUCACUUCACUUGUGUUGGAAGCUGGAGGGCGUGAGAAGUUGUCAUAUUUAGAGAAAGAUUGUAGGAAUCAUAUAGACAAAGUUCAUCGUUUACGACUUGAGGAAGGAGAUGCCACUGCAAUGUAUAAUUAUUUUGUGAAAAUGCAAGGUGAUAAUUCAGACUUUUUUUAUGUCAUGGAUUUGGAUGGAAAUGGUCGAUUACAAAAUGUAUUUUGGGCCAAUGCGAGGAGUAGAGCAACAUUUAAAGAGUUUGGGGAUGUGGUCACAUUUGACACAACAUACUUGGUAAAUAAAUAUGAUAUGCCAUUUGCCCCAUUUGUUGGUGUGAACCAUUAUGGACAGUCGACAUUGUUGGGUUGUGGACUCAUUUCACAUGAAGACACAGAGACAUUUACAUGGCUAUUUCAGUCUUGGCUUGCAUGCAUGUCUGGAUUCCCUCCCAAUGCUAUUAUUACAGAUCAAGACAAAGCCAUGAAAAAAGCCACACAGAUUGUUUUCCCUAAUGCGCGUCACCGAUGGUGUUUGUGGCAUAUUAUGAAAAAAUUGCUUGAAAAAUUGAGAGGAUACAAGGAAUAUGAAGCAAUAAAAUUUGGUAUUCAGAAUGCAGUUUAUGAUUCAUUAACUACAGAAGAAUUUGAAGAAAAUUGGGGUAAGUUCAUUGAGGAGUAUCAACUUCAUAGCAAUGAUUGGUGGGACCCACCUUUUCCUGAAGGUUUUCCUGAAGCCCUUUCCUGA